GGCAGGGAAGAGCCGGCCGGGCGCGCGGAUCGCCAUGCGCGCGCCUUUGAGGUCUCCGGCGGGGCUUUGAUCUCGGGCCGGCCCGCCCUUUGAUCUCGGGCCGCGGAGGACGCCGACCGGGUGCAUGGAUUAUCCCAGGCGGAAGAAGCGGACCAACUUCACCAUCGGGCUGCUGUUCCUGGCCGGGGGCAUCGAGUAUGCGGUGAUCCUGCCUACCAUCUGGGCUUACCUGCGGACCCUUGAUGCCGAGCCGUACUACCUGGGGCUGGCCAUCUCUGCCUUCAGCUUUGCCGGACUGAUCACGGGGCCAUUCUUUGGGUACUGGUCGGACCGCACCCGUCAGACAAAGGCUAUCAUCCUCUUCGCCAACUUGUUUCAGAUAGCAGGGAAUUUCAUGUACUUUGUUGGUGGGUCCAAAUGGAUGCUUCUCAGCAGCCGGCUGGUAGCAGGUGUGGGGACUGGAGCUGGGGCUUCCAUCUUCAGCUACCUGACGCAGUCCACCACUUCGCAAGAACGCGCCACUGUGUUUGCGGUAGUCAUGGCUUGUCGGCAGUUUGGGCUCCUUGUCGGGCCAGCCUGCAACGUUUUCCUGCGCCUCUGUGACUUCUGGAUAGGGCCCUUUGUGGUCAACAAGUUCACAUCGCCUGGGCUCUUCAUGUGUCUGGUGUGGAUUCUGCUUCAGGUCAUUGUUUUUGUCAUGUACUAUGACCUCCCGCUUUUGCCGCCCCCUUGCUCGGACAGAGUCAUGUCCAUGCCAUCAGAUGUCUUGGAUGAGGAAGAGGAGGAGCCCCUUGUGCACCAUGAGGUGGGCCAAGAGGAGGAGGCAGAGCCCAGCAGCUAUGGGAGCACCUGUGUGGAACCUCGGGGUCCCCUGUUGGGGGACGAGUGCCGUUAUGUGCCCAAUGGCCACUUGACGGACGAGGAGGCUGCCAAAGGGAGAGAGAAGAGCCCCUUCAGUAACUUCAGCUCCUUGAGAGAGUAUUUGAGGGAGGAGGUGGUGGUUCUACUCACGGCCCAGUUCAUCACUCUCUUCAAUCAAACGGCCCUGGAGACCAUGGUGACGCCCAUCACCCAGCGGUACUUGAACUUUGGGGAGUUGGAGAACAGCAUCAUGUACUUCCUGUGUGGUGUGGAGGUCAUUUGCGGCUUCUUCCUGGUCCGCUGCCUCAGUGUCCGCUUCAAGGAUCGCGUCAUCUUGGUGGUCGGCUUGGUCAUCUGCAACGUGGCCUGUGUCUGGUGUCUGCUCUUCCUCACCCGGCCCCAAGGCAGCUUUGCCGUCCUCCUCAUGGAACUGGUGGUGGGCGUGUUCCUGCAGGUGUUGGGCCUGCCCUUCGUCGCUGUCUCCCAGGUGUCGCUCUUCUCAAAGGUCACGGCAGAGAGGACGCAAGGGUUGAGUCAGGGGCUCCGCCGGUCUGUAGGAGGAGUUGCAACCAUCCUGGGGCCGCUGUGGGCUGGCGGCUUGACAGAGAACCUUUAUAUCAUGCUUGGAGCCAUGAUGGGGCUGCUGAGCCUGUUGAUGAUUAUGGUGGGGCUUUCCUACCCUUACCUGGUCGAGCCAGCUGGCGGCUACGUGUCAUCAGAAACAGAGCGGGAUGAAGACAGCUCAUGACAGUCAUCUUGAUCGGAGGUGCAUUGGAAGGGAUGGAAAAGCUGGCGCCUGCCCAGCUGGCAAGGGUAUCAGUGAUUAGCUGUAAUCCAGGCAUCCGAGCAAAUAUCGGUGCCCUCCUGGCCGGAUUCUGGUAUCACAUUGCUGCUGUCCUUGUGGGAUGAGAAGCAGGAGAGAGCUUGCCUCCUUCCAAAGAGCAGUGCCCAACGCAGCUGCUGGCUGGACCUUUUUCUGUUCCCUUUCCGUGUCUGGAUGCCCCCUUUGGUGCCCGCCUGGUUGCCACCACGGUUCCGGACUGGGUUCAAUACUGCCCCACGAGGAACGCCUUUCCCUUUCACGCCUCUGUCAGUGCCCUUCUUUUUGGCCACUCUGGUGCCUGGCAAGCUGCCUUCUCUGGAUUGGGGGUUGGGCAUAGCAGCCUCAAGGCUGUAGAGGACCCCCUUCCCUCUACACCCGUUGCUCCUCUUCCCCUGUCCCGUUCUCUUUGAUUUAGUUGCAGUGGCAGCUGCAGUGCGUGCUGUCACAAUUUCUUACGGUAGCGUGUGUACAUGUGCCCCUCUGCAGAACAGAAACCUGGCGGAGCUUCGAGGGCGUUAAAUGAGAUGGGUGCUAAUUGAACUGAGAAGGGGGUUAGCCUGCUUGAGGUCUCUCUCUUGCCCCAGCCGAGUUCCUUAUGGCUCCUGUUGGAAUCAGGCAAGGGGGAAGAAGUAGGAAGGCAAGGGUGGCUCCAUGGAGCCCGUCACUGAGAAAAUCCAUGUGUAGGUUGAAGACCAGAUCUCUCCCCAUUUAGUAUUUCAAGUAUGUUGCAUCAGAACAGAGAAAUUGUACUUUUGACUGUCAAGUCUCAUGUUCUGUAGCAUUAAUGAAUUCCUCUCUGAAAGCGGAUUAUUGGCCCGUGUCAAUGAAAUCCAUCGGCCCAGAGGAGCUGCCUUGGCGUACUCCGAGUCUGGCCUGGCAUACAGAGGGAAUGCUGAUCAUACAUGCUGGCUUUAGUUGUUUUGAAUUUUAACCUGCCCUCCUUCCCAGAGUAUUCAAGCUGGGUAAGAACUAUUUCAGAACAGGGAAUGUGAGUUUGUCCCCCUCCCCAAAUAUUUAUAUCCUAGAUCCCAAAUCAAGCCCGGUGCUUGCCCAUAUAUGUGGGAACGGCUGCUGCCGCCAGCCCCGCGACCUCUUUCCGCCGAGCUGCCGAAACCAGACAGCUGUGCGGCAACAUCUGCAGGCAUUUUUGAGACCCGCUUAGGACCUGGUGUCCUCUCACAGCACCAGCUAAAAGGUUCUGCCUUCGGCCCUUUCUGAGCUGCACAAAACAGGUCAUGUUUGGGGGUCGGGGGGCCUUUUGCCAACUUAGGGUCUUGGCCAGUGUCAGAUUUGCCCGUAUGGGGAGCUGGCCUUGGGAUGCUGAGGCAGAAGGUGUUUGGGGAUGUGCGAUGGUCUCGGACGAUCUCUCGAAGGCCUCUUGCUCUAAAUCAUGCUGAGGAUAUGCAGUAGAUAGAAGGCAGUCUCCUUAGCAAUGUACAGAGCAGCUUACGGCUAAGGCUGGAAAUCCAAAUAGUGGCACGGGUUUUGCUUGAAAUCUAUAACUGGAGAAGCAAUUGCUGUGAGUAAAUAGGAGCUUGGCCCAAGGAAAGCUGGGAAAUCAGUGCUGUUGCUACUAGCGCAAGUCUGAGCUCCCCAUGCAGGGGCCAGGCCUGCGUCUGAGGAUGGAGCUGUUGCCUGAAGGCCACCAGCCAGCAGCUGGCACGUGCAGAGAAGCGGCAGGGAGCCUCAAACCCUUCCCCAGCUGGCUGCUUCUGUCCCGAUUUCCUCCUUUAGAGCCUCUUUGGUUUUCUGCCCUAGUUCCGAGAUGGAAGUAAGCCUGCCUGGGUGAAGGAAUCGAGGGAGGAAAAUUGCUGCUUCUCCAGUAGAAAAGGCAGCUUCCUUGCUACUGUUCGACAUCUGUCAGUGGGAAACCGCUGGAGGAUCUACUCCCUUGACAGCUCCAUUGGCCUUGGUCAUGUGCUUGAUCCGUUUGUGAGUUCUGGGGUGGCAUUUGAUUGUGAAAAUACAUCUAUUGGCAUAAACUGGACCACUGGAAGUGUUCAGUGAGCCAUCGGCCCCCACCUGCCUGGACUGGGGCUGAAUGACCUGUGAUGCUCAGUAAUGCAAUUCUUUCCUUCCCCUCCCCUUUUUGAGAAAUGAAAAGCAGCCUUCGGAGGCUGCAAGCGGAUAGAAGACUGAGGGGAGGGGCUACUCCAUCCAUUCUGCCCAGACAUUUAUCUGUUCUGAUGUUCCCUCCCCAAGCCACGCCCUCCCAGUGAACUAACAUCACAUCCUCAAAGGAAGAGGCAAUUUUGCAUGGAAUGGCCAAUUCCAGGGGCUACUGGCAUCCGGCCUAAAAUAGGCUUGUGCAGUUUGGGCAGUUUUUACAGUUCCAACACAAAUAACCGAACUAGCCCCAAAUCCACAAUUCAGCAGCAGAUUCCUCCAUGGGGAAGCGGGUUCCAGGGGAGCCCAUACCAUUGCCUCUGUGUAUGAACUGGAUCUUCUAAGAGAUCUGAACAGGAUUCCAUUCCAAAGGAUACUCCCUCUCACUCACUCCCCCCUGUAUUUUCUGUUAUAUGUUGGGAGAAGAGGGUUCGUUUCUCCAGUAGGGUUUGAUGUCUGGACGACCACAAUAAAUUCACUUGUCCUACUGAA